AUGGACUGUGUCCAAGGGAGAGUCACAGGUUUUCAUCUUCUACAAGGAGCUCUUAGUACAACUGUGAUUCCAUCAUGUAUCCCAGGAGAAUCUGACGAUAAUUGCACAGCUUUAGUUCAGACAGAAGACAAUCCACGUGUGGCUCAAGUGUCAAUUACAAAGUGCAGCUCUGACAUGAAUGGCUACUGUUUGCACGGACAGUGCAUCUACCUGGUGGACAUGAAUGAAAAUUACUGCAGGUGUGAAGUGGGUUACACUGGUGUCCGAUGUGAACACUUCUUUUUAACUGUCUACCAACCCUUGAGCACAGAAUAUGUGGCUUUGACUGUGAUUCUUAUUAUGUUGUUUCUUGUGAUAGUCGCUGGUUCCAUAUACUAUUUCUGCAGAUGGUACAGAAAUCAAAAAAGUAAAGAACCGAAGAAGGAAUAUCAGAAGGUAACCUCAGGGGAUCCGGCAUUGUCACAAGUCUGAAUGGCGCCAUCAAAUUUAUGGGCAGGGACGCACAGCAUGCCUGGUUAAUGUUAAUAUUUUUAUUUUAUUAAUAAUAUUUAUGUUGGGUCAUGUGUUAGGUCAACAACAAUGUAUUUUUAAUAUAAUUGGAAAAUGUUUUUAUUUUUAUUUUUGACAGACUAUUUGUUAAUAUAUAAUGUGCAGAAAAUAUUUAAUAUGAAAAGAAAAUUGAUAUUUUUGUAAGAAAUAGUUACUGAGCUAAAUGCUUUAUUGAAAGCUUCAAAACUUACAUGCCUGCUGCAGUGCUUAGGAAUGGACAAUGCCCAGUUUGUUGCUCAGGAUAUGUCAGCAAAUGACAGAUUUCUGUAAGCCUAAAUAAAUAGUCAAAUCAAUUUAAUAAAUAUAUCUUGUUUUACUCAUCAAAUCAGUGAUAAUUAGCUUGACUACAUCAUGGUUUGAUAUAUU